AGCAGCAGAUGGCGGCAACGCAACCUCGCGUGACAGCCGCCGAUAAACCAAAGAAGAAGAAAAAAGCAGCCGAAGAGGAGGAAACACGUGAUUCGCGCUAACUGGAAGCAAGAUGGCGGUGGUAGUGCGGAGCUUGCAAGACCAGCUUGAAAAAGCAAAACAAAGCCUGAAAAGUGUGGACGAUAAUAUUCGUAAAUUAACUGGACGUGACCCUAAUGAAUCAAGACCGGGUCAGAUCCGUCGGAUGAGCGGCCCCAUGGCAGGCCCCGGUGGAGGAGGUAGAGGCAGAGGGAUGAACCUGCUCAGGCGUAGUCUCUCAGACAUGGGAAGCAGCGCCCCCCCCGCCAAGCAGAGGGACAUCGAAGGAGCCCUGCUCAGGUGAGAUUUUUAUUUAAUUUUUUAUACUUGUGUGUAUUGAAGAUCAUAUGUGCUGCAAUCAAGCUUCUAUUUUGUUGUUUUUUUCAAUCCCCAUCAACCUUCCAUUGUAUGUAUGUAGAUAUAAAUCAGCCUCUAUGGCUAAUCUGUCACAUUUACAUGAUGGACUCAAUUGUUCAUGUUAAAUAAUGUGUCUUAUCCCUUCUUAAUUACAUAAAUAGAAAUAUUGCUUUGAUGUGAUUUUAAUUGAAUCGCUUUUAAUUCUUCGAUUCAGAAAUGCUCUUAGCAGAGAUCACAGCUAUGCUUUUAAAUCACUUCUUAAAACUCAUCUCUUUAUUAAAGUCUUGAACUAAAAAUGCCAUGGCUCGUUUUUACUCAACCUCCAUGUUUCA